UCGCUGCGCAGAGGAGGGGUGAGGAGGAGGAGGGAACCGGAGCAGGAAGGAAGACGGGCAGGCAGGCGGUGAAUGCUAACAAGCUCCGCUGUAACCAUAACGCUCCGUAGGCUCGGGUUUGACCAAACAUAUGGGAUAGAAAAGGAUCGACGAGCGCUAAUUGAGUCCUAAUAUGCGCCAGUACCGCGUUCGCCCUGUGCGCGUGCAACAGCCUCGCGGCCGUCGGCACCUUUGAUCUGGAAAAACCGUCUUUUCUUUUUUCUCCUGCUGAGUGAAAUGUAUCGAGGUUGCACGGGAUUCACGUUCUGACAAUGGAGAUUGAAAAUAUCGUGGCCAACACGGUUCUCCUGAAGGCGAGGGAAGGUGGAGGAGGCAAGAGGAAUGGCCGCAGUAAGAAAUGGAAGGAGAUGCUUAAACUCCCACACAUCAGCCAAUGCGAGGAGCUUCGACGAAUUAUCGAGAGGGACUUCACCAGUCUAUGUGAGAAGCAGCCCAUCGGUCGGCUGCUGUUCCGUCAGUACUGUGACACCCGACCAGAGCUGAAGCGCUGCAUCGACUUCAUGGAUGCUGUGGCCAUGUACCAACUAGCUCCCGACGAGAAGAGGAGGGACUAUGGACUGAAUGUAUUAGACACAUACUUUAAUAACGGGUCAGCGGCCCAUCUACCCGACAUUCCCCAGGACGUUAUCGCUCGGUGCCGGGAGAGCCUGGAGCAGAGUCCAUGCAAGGAGCUCUUCAACGACUGCACCAAAAUAGUUCGCGAUUAUCUGAGUGGAGCUCCAUUUUCCUCCUACCAGGAGUCCAUGUACUUUUCUCGCUUCCUGCAGUGGAAAUGGUUGGAAAGGCAACCUGUAACCAAAAAUACCUUCAGACAUUACAGAGUACUAGGAAAAGGUGGAUUUGGCGAGGUUUGUGCCUGCCAAGUACGUGCCACCGGUAAGAUGUAUGCCUGUAAAAAGCUGGAAAAGAAACGGGUGAAGAAGAGAAAAGGUGAAGCAAUGGCACUAAACGAAAAACGCAUAUUAGAAAAAGUUAACAGUAGUUUUGUAGUUAGUUUAGCUUAUGCCUAUGAGACCAAGGACGCGCUGUGCCUGGUCUUGACCUUAAUGAAUGGUGGUGACUUAAAAUUCCACAUCUACAACAUGGGAAACUCUGGCUUUGACGAGCAAAGAGCCCUUUUCUACGCUGCUGAGAUCUGCUGUGGCCUUGAGGAUCUGCACCGCGAGAGGAUAGUCUACAGAGAUUUGAAGCCUGAAAACAUCCUUCUGGAUGACCGUGGGCACAUUCGGAUCUCUGACUUGGGUCUCGCUGUUCAGAUCCCUGAAGGGGAGACGAUACGAGGGAGAGUGGGCACAGUUGGAUACAUGGCUCCUGAGGUGAUCCAGAACGAAAGCUACACCUUCUGCCCGGACUGGUGGGGUCUGGGCUGUCUGAUCUUCGAGAUGAUCCAGGGCCAGUCGCCCUUCCGGAAACGCAAGGAGCGAGUCAAGCGGGAGGAGGUGGACAGACGGGUGCGCGAGGACCAGGAGGAGUACUCUGAUAAGUUCUCAGAGGAUGCGAAGGACAUCUGCAGGCAGCUCCUGGCCAAGGACCCCAAGGAGAGGCUCGGCUGUCGGGGUUGCGGGGCCACCGAGGUCAAGCAGCACCCCAUCUUCAGAAACAUCAACUUCAAACGGCUGGAGGCCAACAUGCUGGACCCUCCCUUCAUACCAGAUCCUCGAGCCGUGUACUGUAAAGACGUCCUGGACAUCGAGCAGUUCUCCACUGUCAAAGGCGUGAACCUUGACCCCACGGACGACGACUUCUACUCAAAGUUUGUCACAGGCAGUGUCUCCAUCCCGUGGCAGAACGAGAUGAUUGAGAUGGAGUGCUUCAAAGAAAUCAACAUCUAUGAGACCGACGGGAUGCUGUGCCCAGACCUGGACAUUAACCGGCCCAACCCUCCACCGAAGCGGGGCUUCUUCUACCGCCUGUUCAGAAGAGAGGUCUGUCUGAAGAGCGGUUACAGUGACGACGAGACAGAAGAGCCCUCACGACUUUAAACCACUCCGUCCCUCCGCCCGCAUCCCUCCGCCCCAGAGCUUCACCACAAUCUCCAACCGAGCGCGAGAAUCUUAGGAACUCAGUGAAUGUCGACCUGUAUUUAUGAGCUGUAUUAAAAGUGUAUUAUAGCUAAAGAAAAAAGUAUGACUUUAAAGAUUUUGUACAUUUGUACUUGAAUUUAUGUCUAGAUGUAUAUUUUCACUAAAGGUUGUAUUGUACAAAAAGCCAUAAAAGUACCACUUGAAUGCAUACAUUACCUUAUUUUCUUUUGAUUUUGUUUCUUUAUUAUUAUUAUUUGGAAUGAGUAUGAAUAAUGUUCAUUAGGCGGUUUCUUUCAAGAAGCGCAUUUUAGUUUCAUUAGUCUUUUUAUUUUUCACAAUGUAGCAUCAGGCCUUUUUUUUUUUUUUUUUUUUUACAUGUGCCGUAUGUUUGUCCUUAUCUUGAUCUUUGUUAGCACAUUAACUCCACUUUAUACCAAACUAACUUUUAGUCGCUAAACGGCUGAAGUCGCAGGCGGAUCUCAAAUUAGACCCAAGGGAUACAGCUGGAACUUAAUCCAGGUUUUCAUCACUAUUAAAGUUGUGAUGCUUGAACUUUUCCUGGGAGUGGAAUAGCUGCAGCAGUGCGUACAAUCCGUAUGACCGGAUAGGAUGAACUAGAUGUGUGUGUCCGGGGACUAGCUUGCGCUGCGUUCUCCAAGUCAUUUUAAGAUCACAUGUAUUUAUUUUUGGGAAUCUGUGCAGCAGCUCAGUAUUAAUAAAACACAGAGCAAAACAUUGAAAUCCGCAAUUAAUUCUGGAAUUUCAAAUAAAUCUUCCCUAAGCUCCAGCAGGUUCAAAUCGUAAAAUUUGUGAUGCCUAACAGCGUUUCCAACAAGAACACACCUACUAGUUGCAUAUCUGUUAUAAUUUUUACUCAAGCUGAUUAUUUUAUGGUGAUUUAUGCUUCCCCCCUUCUUAAUUCAGUACUGCACUUUCACGUGCUGCUCUGUUGUUAGGCUGAAGCAAAGUAGAAACAUUUUUCCUUGAAAGCUAAAUAAUUCGCUACCCUUGUUUUUGGAAUACAAGAAAAAAACCCUAUUUAUUCUGCUGAUAAGAGUUGCAUUUAGAGCACAAAAACGAUUUUGAAUAAAAGUAACUUUGGUAAGUCAUCGCUUUUUGUGUUAGAGCGCAAUACUUUAAAAAAAAAAUUCACCACCUUCAGACUCAGUAAAUCUCUGCACACCUUAUUCCUUCAAUCGCAUGAAGUCUGCUAGUAAAGUAUUGUGAAAAACUUUUCCAUAUUAUGAUUUUUCCACUUUUAAACUUUUGGUGAAAAGUUUUUGAGAUGUUAUGCAGAGCCAUUUUUCCUUCAGUUAAAUUUGGGUCUUAUGUCUUCAGACUAUUCUCCCACUAUUUCACUGGCUUGUCCAAAUGUUCAACAGAAAACUUUAGGCUAGCUUAAAUGUGCUUUUUCUUCUGUGGCGUAGUUUGUGCUAUCAAAUUACAUUAAUUAUUGUUUUAAUAGAAAACAGUACCUGCCCAUUCAAGGUCUUUGACCUGAUGACCUUCUUGUGCCAACAUGUGUCGCUAGUUAUCUCGGACCACUUUCUGGGUUUUCCUUUGACUCGGCUGUCUGAAAUCUUGUGGAAUGCGCCUGGUCGUGACUAGUUUAUAGUAAAAAUGUGUUGUUUCCACUACCGGGAAAAGUUGAUGUAUUGAGUACUUAUUUACUACAAUUGCGAUUAGCAGAUUUAAAGAUGGUUUUUCUACAUUUCUCUUUUACUAUUGAAGGAGUGAUUUUCCUCAUAAACCAACAAUUUCUUCCCUGUACUUUUCCUUUUAUGUUCAUUUCUAGAUUUUGCUGUAGAAGUAGAUGCUGUUUAGCCCCGCCCCGUCGCCUUCAACACCCGUUUUUAAUGCUGUGAAUACCCCGACUUCAGCAUGAUGGCUGCACAUUUGUGUAUAUUUCACCGUUCGAUGGCGCAGCUUUGCUCCACUUUGUGAAUUAGACUUCAUUAGCUCUACUUUUGUACAGUUCAGCAACUUUAAAGAGAAAUUCAAUUCAGAUGAAAGCAGUCUGUAAUUAUUCAUUGCAGUUUUUAAAAAUGUUUGAACUUGAACAUCUGCCAGAUACAUUCAGACUUUGAGGCUGCAAACGUUUGAUGAGGUGUGCAUUGAGUUCCCAGUCUGUUAAACCAAUGUGUUCUGAAAUUUUUCUUUAGUCCAGAAAUCAGAUGUGAACAUCUAGUAGUUUCUCACUUAUUUGAUUCCUGAAUUUGUCUUUGUUGUCCUUUUAAAAAGAAAUCUAUAAUUUGCUUUGCUCUCAGGCAGACUUUGAAGCUGGUUUCGUUCAUGUAGAUUUUAGCCUCAAAGCAAACUUGUAAAUUCUGCAUUUCUAACAUGUAACUAAAAAUCCGAGGUGAAAACUUAACUGCGUCCAUCACCCAUGCCUGUAUCUUUGUUUGUAAGGUAUUUCAUAUCAAUCUACAUAGGAGUGAAGAUGUUCUAUCAGAUCCAUUGCACUGUAUAUGUUUUGACAAGGACUUUGAGAAGUGUCUUUUAACUGUUCUGACAAUGAUACCAAAAGCAACCUUCUCCAGAUUAAAACAUUUUCCUUUUCUAGAAGAAUCUACUCAAGAAAAAAUACCAACAGCCUUUAUUAAAUGUGCCAAUUACCAAUUUAGUUUCUUACAUCCUGCCUUCAUAUUUAUUAUUUUUUUUACCUCAUUUACUUCCCAUCUACUGAAAUUUCUUCAUAUACAUAUAGAAAAGAAAAAACGUAAAAACUUAAAUCAGCUCAACUGUUUUGAAUGUCCGCACUAAGUGCAUUGUAAUGCCUGUUUAAAAAAAACAAACAAAAAGACAUGUUUUAUUACUCAAGCAUGCAUCAAUUUGUAAUACUUCAGGAUCCUUGUGUAUGUAAGUGAUGACCUUCCUGUGCCAACAUGUGUCGCUGGUUAUCAGAGAACGACUUUGUGAAUGGCUGGGAGUGACCAGUGGAGCUGGCCUGUUGGAUAACAAAUGUUCCUGGUUUGUUCCUGCCUUUCUGUCGGAGCGUUGAUGGCGAGUCAAAACUGGGAUGAGGCUCGCCAGCAAGCACCUACAAAGUGGAAUAUCACUUGAAUUAGUUUAUAGGUAAUGCACCUGUACAAAUUCAGAUCUUCUGCAGUUUUGUCUGUAGUGGGGGGUGGUGGGGGGGGAGAAAUGUGGAAUAUUUACAGCAAAAGGAGGAUGAACAAAUGAAUUUUUGGUAUUCAAACAGGGAGUUGAUUAUUUUAUUUUUUUUCCAUGUUCAGUCUGUACAGUCAUGUUAUUCAACCACUGCAGUCAUUGUUAAUUCUUGUACAAGUUAUAUCACUGGUUGUUGUACCAUAUCUGACAUUUGUAAUUAUGAAAUAAUACACUGCCAUUUGUAUUAAAAGAGGUGUCUUAACUUGUUUUUCUUCUGUUGAUUUGUUUGUGAAUGAAAGGCGGAGGCGAAGUGAAACUUUCUUUACAGUUUCUGCUUACUGUAAAUUAAAGUUAAUUUGUUCCUCUCA